UUGUGUACGAAGAGAUUCGUAAAUCUGCAGAAAUAUAAAGUCCCAUAAAAAGUGAUGUAGUCAGUUGAGGACUGAUCGCGAAGAGGCCGGUUUCUAAGCGGCGUUAGUCAGUUGAUGGGCCCAUCCUUCGCUAAACAGAGUAGCGUCAAAAUGAACAAAGACCUGAAGAAAGAUGCCAAGCAAGAGCAGUCGAACAGUAGUGCGCGACCAUUGUCCAUCGAAGGCCCCUCAAGCUCUAAUAACGAGCAAACCCCACCGCAACCGUUACCGGACCAACCGAGGCAGCCAACAAACAUGCAAGGGUUGCUCAAAUACGCUAUGAAUGUGGCAAAGUCCGAGAACUCGGAAAAUAAGCCAGUUUAUCCGUUGGACGACCAAAAAAAGACAUUCUUGAACGAGGCAUUGUCAUCAUUAACGGUAAACGUAAUAGAGGAAUUGCAGAAAGCUGUAAAAGUCCUGACCAAUGUCACUAAUCUACGAGCGGACGAUGAUUCGUCGGAGUACGAGAGUGCAUUGGAAAGGAUGGCGGAUUUCGUGGACAAUAUCGACAUAGCCAACGACUUGUAUAACAUUGGGGGCUUCUCGAUACUUCAACCAUGCCUGAAUUCCUCGCACAGUAACAUUAGAUGGCGGAUAGCUGAUAUCAUCGCCGAAUUGGCGCAAAAUAAUCCAUUUUGCCAAGACAAGUUGCUAGAAGCCGGAGUAUUUCCUGUGCUGCUGUCUAUGAUCGAUACAGACCCGUCGGAGCAGGCCAGGAUAAAAGCUUUGUACGCGGUGUCAUGUAUAGCCAGGGGCAAUCCAGCGUCGUUAAAAUAUAUGGAUAGGAACGAUGGUUACUCGGUGCUUUUGCGAGCGAUGCAAAGUCCGGUGGAGAAACUGCAGAUAAAGUCCGCAUUUUUGCUUUCCAGCUUGUGCAGCAAGGAUAAUUCGAAUAACGUAAAUAAACAAGUAAAAUAUACCUUGGUAAAAAUGGGAUUCGUGGAGCAAGCAGCGGGAUUGCUGGGUAGAAUGAAUUUACAACCGGAAGUGAGGGAACAACUGCUGAGAGUGCUCAGUAGUAUGGUGAACGAUAACUUCCUACCGGCGCUGAAGGAAUGCCGGCGAUCGCAGUUGUUUUUAAGAUCCACUUUGGAGCAAUUGUUGACAGAAUUGAAACCUGUGGAAAAUCAGGACGAGAUAGACAUGUGCGCCGAACUCCUGGACAAAGUGUUUUCCGAGCCUGAUACAAGUCAAGAGAGAUAACGAAUUUGUAUCGAUCUUUUCGCUUAAUAAACACAACAUUUGUCUAACCGGUUUUAAGUAAUUUACAGGAAUGUGCGUAUAGAUGAUAACUAAAUGUAGUAAAUAAAACUGAUUCUUGUAUGUGUCGAGCAAA